AGGGCAAAGGUCUACUUCGUCAAUAUGUGCAGUCAUGCAUUUGAACCGAUUUGAACAGUCAAGGCAGAAGAUCUACGGUGACGGAUAUGGAUACAACAGCUAUGAUCUAUAAGGUCCUCUGUGCCCAUAAUGGGUAUUUUGAGCUGGAAGAAUUGCGUGCCAACAUUAGCACGAUAGAAGACGACCUGGAGAGUGUUUUAGGGAAUCAGGAGAUAUUUACCAGCGCUGUCUCCGAGGGAAACAAACUGAUAGUUGCCAAGACGAAGAUGAGGUUAUGCAGAGCCAAGGAAUGUAAUGGCUGCAGCAAUUUACACCUGUGUAUAUUCUACCUUUAUGGAACAUGUCGAUUCAAUGAGAGACAAGAAUGCCGCUUCUGUCAUCAGCUGACGUCAGAACACAACAUCCGAGUCCUGAGAGAGCAUCACCUGGAGAAACUGGACAGGAAGGAGCUGUGUACAUUACUGUUGCAGAAUGACAACACCCUCUUACCCCCAGUUUGCUUCACAUACAACAAAGGUAGUGGAGAGUACGGAUACUGUCCUGACAAGGAGAGCUGCAGAAGACUCCACGUCUGUGAGCGCUACAUCACAGGAACCUGUGCUGCGGACGUGGACUGUGGCAGGUCUCACGACUUCUACGAGCCCCACCCGCUCAACACCCUGCAGCAGAGGGGAGUACCUAAUGAACUGGUGCCAUCCAUGUUGUCCACCUACCGUAACAUCCAGGCCAUUCAGUAUGAGGAAGGCUCUAGACCUGUAUGUCAUCCUCCUCUGCCACCACCACCACCACCACCACCACCUCCCCCACCCCCUCAAACCUAUCUUCCAGCCCCCAAUGUUUUCCAAAGAGAGACCCACUACAUCCACUUGCAGCCAAUCAUAGUACACUCACAAGUGACCCCUUCAAUGCUCCGUAACCUCAAGUUAAAAUCCCGUCCCUUUGUCCAGACCAAACCCAAGAGCCAUACUAAGCCAUCCUCAUCAGCUUCACACCAAUCAAAGUCCGCUAAACCGCCUCCACCAGCUUCACACCAAUCAAAAUCCUCUAAACCGCCUCCACCAGCUCCACAGCAAUCAAAAUCCUCUAAACCGCCUCCACCAGCUUCACACCAAUCAAAAUCCUCUAAACCACCUCCACAAGCUCCAGACCAAUCAAAAUCCUCUAAACCGCCUCCACCAGCUCCACAGCAAUCAAAAUCCUCUAAACCGCCUCCACCAGCUCCACACCAAUCAAAAUCCUCUAAACCGCCUUCACCAGCUCCACACCAAUCAAAAUCCUCUAAACCAGCUCCACACCAACCAAAAGUUACCAAAGCAACUCCAUCAGUCAGGCGAAGAUGAAUAUUUGCAGAAACCAGAAAUCAUAUAUGUUUAGGGGUUCACAGAGGAGCACUUUUAUAAGCAGUCUCACUUAAACCCUUAUAUCCGCUGCCCCAUUUGACCUAAAGACUUGAAACGUUGUAUGUACAGUUGAAGUCGGAAGUUUACAUACACCUUAGCCAAAUACAUUUAAACUCAGUUUUUCACAAU